AUGGAAUUGCAGUAUGAAGAAGUGUUCAAUGCUGCUCAGGAACGAAAGCCUCAGAAUCAGGUGGCAAAAAACCAAUUAAAUAGGAAACGAAAGAGGACGUCUUAUAGCUCAGCGCAGAUUGUGGAGCUUGAAAGAGUAUUUGACACGAAUAAUUACUUGUCCCUGGCUGGCCGAUUACGUUUAGCGAAAGAGAUGAAUCUCACGGAAUAUCAAGUGACAAUAUGGUUCCAAAAUCGCCGAAUGAAAUUCAAGAAACAAAAUAGAGACUGUCCCGAUAGUGGAAAUAUCGUAAAAAAAGCACAGGGAACCCAAAAGAUACUUGAUCCAGUAGAAUCUGUGAGCAGCUACGAAUCCUUGCGUGCCCAGUUUCUAUUGUUUGAUCAGCAACAUUCGUAUUCCUCACAAUAUCAGCCAAUGUUUACACCGAAUCAGCAGGGACAACAAUUUCGGAUGUCUCCAAAUCCAAUCUAUGGUUACGGAAUCCAGCAGCGACCAUUUUUGCGUCAAUGUGAUUUAGGUGCACAACAACUCGAAGUUGCAGAGCAGAUGUCAUACCUGACAUGUUUUUAA